AUGUCGGACUUUAUUCCAAUGAAAAUCAAAUUCAUAUCGUCAUUUGAUAUUUUACCAAAUGAAAUUCUUCAUAUAUUUGAUUAUUUAACAUCAAAUGAUAUUAUUUAUUCAUUUAUUCAUUGUAACCAACGAUUACAAAAUCUUCUAGUUAUACAAAAAUAUCAUUUCAACUUACCAAAAACAAAUCUGAAUUUUUGGAAGAAAAUUUUACCAUUAAUUGGCCCACAAAUUCAAACAUUAUCAAUUAAUACUUAUGAUUUGACAAUAUCAUUAGAUUUCUUUUCAAAUCUAACAUCAAUUAUUAUCUCUUCACAAUAUUUUUUACUUGAUGAACAACUUUUAUCCAUUCUCAAUCAUCCGUAUUUUCGACAAUUACAUAUAUUUAAAAUCAAAAACGUUAUUUUAGACGAUGAAGAAACUUUAUUAAAAACUAUUUUUCAUAUUAAUAAUAAACUUCAAAUAUUUGAAUAUCAACCAAAGAAAUUUCAUGAUAUAUUCACUCUUAUUCGAUAUACAUCGAAUUUAAUUUAUUUAAAUAUUCGAUCAGAAAUCCUUGAUCGAGAAUUUAAAGAAUAUACCUGGAAUAAUAUUGAUGAAAUUAAUUUAGAAGAAUUUCACCUAACAUUUACAUCAAGAACAAAUUUAGAAUAUUCAUCAACUAGUCUAACAACUAGUCUUGCUCAAUUAUUUCCUGUUAUUCAAAUCUUUUCAUCAUCGCUAAUUACUCUAUCAUUGAAUUUUAGUAAUAUAUAUCUUAUAGAUCAAAAUAAUAUUCUAACCAAUGGUAUUGAAUUAGAAAAGAAAUUAUUAGAACCACUUGGAAAAUUACAAAAGUUUUCUUUUUAUGUUGGUAUUUCUCAAUGUAAAGAUGCUCAACAAAUAUUAUCGACAAUUCGACGUUUACAAGAUUUUCUAGUUCGAUUGAAUUUUCAUCAUUUUCGAAAUGUUCGAUCAAAUAAUGAUGAAUUUCUAAAACAAAAUAAUCGAUUAUGGUCUAAAGUAACAUCACUUCAUUUAGUUUCAAUAGAUCAAAUUGAUUUUAAACAUCUAUUAUCAUUGAUUACUUUCUAUGGUGGUUUUUCUUCUCCUAAUGAUUCAUAUGAUGAAAUCGAAUGCGUUAAUAAUUUACAAUUAGAUAGUGUUCCUACGACAACACUUGUGUAUUCAUCAAUUAAUCUUUCAAACACAGAUAGAUGA